AUGGGAGAGGGUGGGAAAGAAAUUAAAGGACUGAGUUUCGCCGAAAAUUUUCUGCUUAGCGGUGCUGCUGCAGUUAUCGCGAAGACCGCAGCUGCUCCGAUAGAGCGAGUUAAACUACUCGUUCAAAAUCAAGAUGAGAUGAUCAAGCAAGGGCGCUUAGAUAAACCGUACACUGGUGUUAUAGACUGUACUGUACGAACAUUCCGGCAAGAAGGCAUACUACCCUUCUGGCGUGGAAAUUUACCUAAUUGCUUGAGGUACUUCCCUACCCAAGCUCUGAACUUUGCAUUUAAGGACAAGGUGAAGUCAGCGUUUCAGCAAAAUAAAGAUGAUCCAUACUUGGUUGCUUUCUACAAAAACGUGGUCAGUGGUGGUGCAGCAGGUGCUCUGUCCUUAGUGUUCGUUUAUUCUUUGGACUACGCUCGAACUCGUCUGGCCAAUGACAACAAAUCUGCCAAAAAGGGUGGGACUCGUGAAUUCAAUGGUUUGGUUGAUGUCUAUGCUAAAACGUUCAAGUCAGAUGGUAUCGCUGGUCUCUACCGUGGCUUCGUUAUCUCGUGCGUCGGUAUAAUUGUAUACAGAGGAUUUUACUUUGGAUUGUAUGAUACUUUGAAACCGAUAUUCCUUGGGCCGGAUGCAGGUGUGGCAAUCAGUUUCUGCCUCGGUUAUGGCGUGACUGUCACUUCUGGAUUGAUAUCCUAUCCGAUUGAUACUAUCCGUCGGCGUAUGAUGAUGACUUCAGGCCAAGCUGUCAAAUACAAAAGCUCAAUUCACUGUGCAUCUGAAAUACUGAAAAAUGAAGGACCAAUGUCUCUCAUGAAGGGUGCCGGUGCAAACAUACUCCGAGGUGUCGCCGGCGCUGGUGUGUUGGCUGGAUUCGACAAAUUUAAAGAACUAUAUGCCGAUUUCAGAUUACCGAAAAAGCCAUCUCCUUAA